UCCGGCUGUUCGAGGGGAUUAUGGCUGAGGUUCAGUUUUUUGUCUAAUAUGUUAAUAGCGCAGAAGAAGACAGCCCAAUGCAGCCAGCGAUUGCGAACAGUACAGAGUUCACACCUAUCUCUUUUCGCAUCGCUUAAAUGCCUACAUUAUGCAAAACUUGUGAGAAAUAUCAAAAUUGUAGUUUAUUGAUGCAGGGAGUAUGUCGAGCUUAUUGUAACACUGUUAGAAUUGAAACAAUAUCAUUAUUAUUAUGCUUAAGCGAUUGUUGCUUAAAGUGGCCUUUACACCGUUUCGCCUCAGACCAUUGCUUUUUAAUAAGAACUUCCUGGAUUUCUGAUGGACCUAUCACGAUAAUAAUCCGAAGCAACUGGUUAUACAAGUAAACUGAGCUCCGAGAUGCCUGAGAGAUGUGGUGCGUAUUGGAAGUGUUUUGGUUGUGUUAUGUUUUGCUACUUUGUGGCUGCAGUAUAUCCGCUAAACAGACGGUGCCCUUUGGUCCUACUGGAAGUAUCAAUGCCACGAACGGCAACCGCCUAGCGGUUAACUUUAUCGUCAACUUUAACCUGACCGGAUACGCGAUGAAUUCUACGAUUUCCACAGCCGUUCAGGACUGGGCGAAAAACUGCAAAUGGGACGACAUCGACACGUAUUUGAAAACUGUUGAUAUCAGCAUGAACAACAACAGCCAACGGACGUUCGGGAAUGUAACUCUAUACAAUUCGGAUGACGUGGAAUUCAUCGCCGGAUUGUGGCUGAAAGCCCUGAUCAGUGACAAACAGAAGCGGCUAGACUGUAUAAACAGCGCUAUGCAGAUCAUUGUCCAGGAUUUUGCCCAGCAGGUGCUCAACGUCACAGUCAUGCUGAACACGUCCAUUGAGAAUACGCUACGCGAUUGGAUGGUACGGCGCAUAACAGCCAGUGUACGGUUUAUGGCCUGGGAACGCAAUGUUACCAUGAGCGCUGGCGACCAGUUCAUUCAAGGCCUGACCGGCAACGGCAUCAGCGACCUGGCGGCGCUGAGCACCAACCUGACGGUCAACAACAUCACGGACGUAACGCAUGUGUUGGCAGUGUGCGCGAACUACACCGCGUAUUAUGCAACAGCGGCGGUAUUGACUGACCCCAAUAACCGCACGGCCGCUUUUGCUGCGGUGGUCAAUCGGGUACUGCGCACUUGUUGUGAUCAUCUGUUUGUUAAUACGGCGGUGGCCGAGCUGCUGCAGGACAUUUACAAUAUGACAGCAGUACAAGCCAAACAGAAUUGGACUACGGCCUGGACAGCGGACACCGAGGGUGACUUUUCGCGGUACUUUAUCUGGGGCUUGGUUACCGAUGGAUGGAUGAGGCAGAUACAGGAUUUUAUUCACUUGCUAGCCAAUAAUUACUCGGUCUCGGUGGGUAGUGACUUUUGGGCGACUCACGCACCGUCGGAGCCGCCGAUGAGCACAUCGGUCGUUAUUGUGUCCCUGGCCAUCGUGACAUCAGGGAUUAACACCGACGAAUUUAUGACGACGUUGCGCUACCAGAAUCUUUUGCAAAACAUCACGUUGAUAUUUAACAAUGCCAGUCACAUUUUAUGGCUCUAUGAAGACCCCGUGGAUACUAGCCAUUACGAGGCGGCCUUAGCGUCCACUAUCGUCGGCGUACUGAAUUUUGUUACCGCUCUUGGCGUUACUGCGUACUUUGUGCGUCAACUGCGCAAGUCGGAGCGGUACCAACUUCCCGUUCCGAAAGAACCAGAGCCCGAUGAUGAUUUUGAUACCACCUAUAAUUAACCACCGAAGCAAAACACAAAACUGGAAUUCAGUUCAGGAAGCCAGAGUGGACGGGAUUGUGCAGCCUGUAGUUCCUACACGCUGAGACCGAAAUUUCGUGGAUUUAAAAUUUUACAAAGUAUCUUUGGGGGUGUUACGGUAAUAUUAAAUUGCUGUAAAAUUAAGCAUAACCGCAGUAAUCAUCGUAAUCCGUCUUCUUUGGUUUAUUUGCUCUCCUAACUGUGGUUUAUUUGGUGCUGUACGCGAUUAGCGUAUUAGGUGUGACGACGCGUCGUCUCGGAUGAAGUUCAGAGUGUUCCCUGUGAGCUUAAUCUUCGAUGAAGUGCAAUAUGAGCUAAAGUUUGUGCAUCAUAGGUGUUCGCCUGUUGCUAUGCAACGCUUUA